AUGGAAAUCGCACAGAGAAAUGAACAGACUGAUGGAGCUGAUCAAGUCAGUCGUGCAAGGUGUUGGUUUAAGGGGUUAGCAGAAAAGUUAAUGCACAAGGUACUUGAGAUUGCAAGCAAGACAAAGAAACUUGGACAAGAAGAUCCAAGAAGAAUUAUUCAUUCCGUCAAAGUUGGAUUAGCCAUUACUUCAGUAUCAUUAUUCUAUUACUUUGAUACUCUAUACGAUGGUUUUGGUGUGUCUGCAAUGUGGGCUAUUAUGACUGUUGUCGUCGUCUUUGAAUUCUCCGUGGGGGCAACCCUUGGAAGAGGUCUAAAUAGAGGGCUUGCAACAUUGUUAGCUGGUGCUCUAGGUUUUGGAGCCCAUCGCUUAGCCACUUCUUUUGGAGAAAAAUUCGAACCCGUAGUACUAGGUCUUUCCGUCUUCUUAUUCGGUGCAGUAGUGACAUUUGUGCGAUUCUUUCCCAAAAUAAAGGCGAGAUAUGAUUAUGGACUUCUAAUAUUUAUAUUAACAUUCAGUUUAAUAUCUGUAUCGGCAUACCGGACGGACCAGGUGAUACAAAUGGCCUACCAGAGACUAUCCACCAUACUCAUUGGUGGCGCUGCUGCUAUAAUCAUAUGCGUUGUCAUUUGCCCUGUAUGGGCUGGUGAUGAUUUUCACUCUCUUGUGGCUUCCAACCUGGAAAAGAUUGCGACUUUCCUAGAAGAAUUUGGAAGCCAAUACUUGAAAGCAUCAAGUGCAGAACUCGUAGUUAACAAGGAAUUUCCGCAAGGAUAUAAAAGUGUUAUUAAUUCAAAGGCCACUGAAGAAUCUUUGGCGAAUUUCGCAAAAUGGGAGCCGCGCCAUGGCAUGUUCAGGUACCGGCAUCCUUGGGAAAAAUACUUGGAAGUUGGAAACCUCACUCGACAAUGUGCCUUCCGAAUUGAUGCUCUAAAUGGCUACCUCACCUCUGAGAUUCAGGUGCCACAAGAAAUUGGAGCGAAAAUCCAAGAAAUAUGCAAAAAGAUGACCUCAGAAACUAGCUUGGCUUUGAAAGAAGUAGCAUUGGGCAUGAGGACAAUGACUAUGCCGUCCUCCUCUGCUGAUUCCCAUAUUGAGAAUGCAAGAAUGGAAGCAAAACACCUCAAAUCCUUGCUUAAAACAAGGUCGUGGCCAGACAGUACUGAUCUGCUGGACAUAGUUCCGGUCGCUGCUGUAGCUUCAUUGCUCAUAGACAUUGUCGCCUGCACAGAGAAAAUUGCCGAUACUGUUAAAGAACUUGCUCCUCUCGCACACUUCAAGGCUGCAGUAGUAACAGCUGGUCAGCAAAAACAAUUGACCCGCCAACAAACUCAUGGCAGAGAAGAAACACAUCAUAUUAUUACCAUGGGUGAAUCAUCUCCUGAAUAAACCCAGAAAAUGUUUUUGAAUCACUGUCAACUACAGGACCGUGAAUGCAUGCCUGGAUAUGCCAUUUUGGGUAGGGAGAAGUAUCUGUAUCUGAUAUGUGUCGAAUAUCGAUAAGUAUCCAAUACGGUUGGAUAUGGAUCUGAUGUAUAUGCAUAUGAUGUAUCCAAUAUUUUUUGAUAGUGGAUACCAGGGGCGGAGCCACCUUGGGAUAGCGUGGGCACUUGCCCCUAACUUUUGGAUUGCCUAUAAUUAAGCUCCCG